AUGGUGGUGAAGUUCAAAUAUUGCAAGUCAUGUGAAUUUUGGAAAAACAAAAUUGACACUGAAGAAUAUGCAGAAUGGAAGAAGCAGCACGAUGACGAAUGUCAAGUGAAUCAUGAGGGAUCUGCUAGUAAAAUGGAGGUCGACGCAAUGAUGGAAAUGUUCCAACGCUCCACAUUGUUAUACAAUGCAAAGUACCAAUAUUAUAUUAGUAACCGGGACACCAAGGUUUUUAAAGGUAUUUUAGAUGCAAAGCCCUAUAACGAUAUCGACGUAGAAAAAAUAGAGUGCAUCGAUCACGUGCAAAAACGCAUGGGCACGAGAUUGCGCAAUUUGAAGAAGCAGACGAAGGGUUUUGGAGGAGAAGGCAAUCUCACAGGAAAACUCAUCGAUGAACUAAGUAUAUAUUAUGGUUUAGCCAUCCGUCGACACCAUGAAUCCGUCGAGAAAAUGAGAAGUGUUUGGGCAACAUUAUAUCAUAAAAUAUCAACGAAUGAAAACCCACAGCACGACAAGUGCCCACCUGGAGAGGAUUCUUGGUGCUCCUGACAAAAGGCGAAGGCCACAGAUACAUUGGACAAUUAUAAGCACAAAUCUCCAAUGUCAAAUAUAGUGUUUACAGCCAUAAAACCUAUAUACGAAGAACUUACCAACAACGAUCUACUAACACGCUGCAUUGGUGGCUUCACCCAAAAUAGCAACGAAAGUUUCAAUGCGUCUAUGGCUCCGAAAACGGUAUUCAGUGGCAAAAAUGUAUUGGAUAUUGCUGCAAAUAUGGCUGUCUUCAUCUUCAACGAUGGACUAUCCACUAUAAUGGAAGUGAUGAAAACCUUAGAUAUGACUGUUGGAGAAAAUUGCUACAAUUUUUGCUUGCAAGCCGACGCCCGUCGGAUACAGUUCUCGGAACGAUCAUUGAAUGAGGCUACAAAAAUAGCAAGAUUGAGUCUUAGAUCUAGCAGGAAGGAAAAGGACAUGGAGGAUGUGCACAUGGAAGGCCAAAUGUAUGGUGCAGGCACCGCUGAUUAA